GGUUCUCCUGUCUCCUCUUUUAAUCUGAUAAACCAUUUUGCUUAUCAACCAUUUAAUUUGGUACUCAUAGUGCAAGUAAAGAAAAGUCUGAUAAACCAGGAUCAUCAGCCACGUGCAAGUAAAUAUAAGUCUGUUGCAUUUGGUACUCAUAGUUCUCUAACAUGUAGUGCUAAGGAUUUUCCUUUAAAUUCCAUAACUUUUGAUAGCUAUUUCUGUUCUCCAGCUGCAGAGUCAUGCUUUCAUAAUAGAUAAUUAACUGAGAAUGUAUCAAGAUGUACACAUAGGUCAUUUGGCCCUAUGUGAGGUUAUAUGCACAUCGGGGAUGCAGUGCGCAAUUAUUUCAAUAGAAGCAUUAUUUUAUGGUCGCAUAUUGCUACCAUCUGAAAAGUUGUACAAUGCAUCUUCAGAGCAUUAGCUUAGAUCGAUUUUGGUUGUUUUAUUCUUUACUCAGUAACAUUUUUGCAAAAUUGGUAAAUUGCAGUAAUAAUUUAACAAAGGAGUUGUUCUGAAUGGUCUCUUUGCCGUUUUUAAAAUAUUUCUGUAAUAUCAUUUGUUUCAAUAUUGGCACCUGGAAGGCAAGGGAAACACAUACCCCUUCUCACAAUUUAUCAGAGGUGUUCAAGCUUCCUGCAGGACCCUAUUUAACAUUAAGAAGGUCAUAAUUUGGUAAUACCUAGCAAACAGGUGUGAUUUUAGGGUCCAUGUCAAUAGUAUAAAUUAUCAUUGAACAGAUAAUCAAAAGGAGGAGAAGAACAGGAAGAGGCAUGAGGAGAAUCGUGAAAGAAUUGUGACAGAUGAGCAAAGGGAGGAGAGGAACAGGAAGCGGCGUGAGGAGUAUCGUGAAAGAAUUAUGACAGACCAGCAAAGGGCAGAGCAGAACAGGAAGCGGCGUGAGGCAUAUAAGAAGGAGAAGAGUCAUGCAGUAAACAAGGAAAAUGAUCCAGUGGGUGGAGUCAUGGCUCAGCAUUCAAUGGGUAAGGGAUCCUAUGUUAUUUCCUCGAGUUUUUAUGCAAUUAUAGCAUGGCAAAAAACCCAAAUGUCCGUGACUGCAGGUUCGGAUUUCCUUAAAGGAAAAAGUGAAAAAAAAUUGAGACCCUUGAACUCUGUUGAUACAAAUAUUGAAGUAAAUAAAAUGAAGCAUAACAAUGAAAAUGAUCCAGUGGGUGGAGUCGUGGCUGAACAUUCAAAUAUACAGUGGGUGAAGUCGGUAGAUUCAAAAGUUGAAGUAAACAAAAAGGGAUGUGAAGGUUAUCGGAAAAAGGAUGAUGAAACAGAUAGGAUUGCAAUUUCUGCAGAACAGUGUGAAAGUGCAUCCAUAAUUAUACAACUGUAUUCAUUUUGUUAGUGGUCUAAUUAAACUGCAUAAUAUUUAUUAUAUUCUCUUUAUUUCAUGCGGUGCUAAGAACCCAUCGCACCCAUCA